GGGCCUGAAACAGAGGAGCUUCUUAUCAAACAUGAAGAACUUCCACGGUGUGCUAACAAUAAUGGUGGCCAUCCUAGGAAUUGCCAUGGAUGGAUACAAUUGCAAGGUGGUGCAGUUCAUAUUCGGCGACUCCCUCUCCGACGUCGGAAACAACAAGUACCUCGGCCGGAGCCUGGCUCAGGCCAGCCUGCCAUGGUAUGGCAUUGAUUUUGGCAAUGGCUUGCCUAAUGGGAGGUUCACCAAUGGGCGUACAGUCUCUGAUAUAAUAGGUGACCGGACGGGCCUCCCAAGGCCACCAGCCUUUCUGGACCCAUCUUUGACAGAAGACAUAAUUCUGGAAAAUGGAGUCAAUUAUGCCUCCGGAGGUGGUGGGAUUCUGAAUGAAACUGGUAGCUACUUUAUUCAAAGGUUUUCUCUUUACAAGCAAAUUGAGCUUUUUCAAGGGACAAUAGAACUGAUAAGAAGCAAAGUUGGCAAAAAGGAAGCAGACAAGUUUUUCCAAGGAUCUAGUUAUGUGGUUGCUUUAGGCAGCAAUGAUUUCAUUAACAAUUACUUGAUGCCACUUUAUACCGAUUCAUGGACAUACAAUGAUGAGGGAUUCAUCACCUACUUAAUGGAGACUCUAGAAGCACAGCUUAAGAUAUUGCACAGCUUAGGGGCACGGCAGCUGAUUGUGUUUGGGCUAGGGCCAAUGGGCUGCAUUCCACUCCAAAGGGUGCUGAGCACAUCUGGGGAUUGUCAGGAUAGAGCAAACAAACUGGCUCUCAGCUUCAAUCAAGCUUCAAGCACGCUGUUAGAUGAUCUAUCAGCCAAACUUCCCAAUGCAAGUUUCAAAUUUGGAGAUGCUUACGACGUCGUCAAUGACGUGAUCAGCAAUCCCUACAAAUAUGGGUUCAAUAACUCGGACUCACCAUGUUGCUCCCUCUAUAACAUUCGACCUGCUCUGACAUGUACUCCUGCAUCAACAUUGUGUGGAGACAGAAGCAAAUAUGUGUUUUGGGAUGAAUACCACCCAACCGAUAGUGCCAACGAGUUGAUUGCCAAUGAGCUCAUCAAGAAAUUCGGAUUCACGCAAGUGGACGGCAAACCCAAUCCCCCUUCCCCAUCCCCUGUUCUUCCCCCUGCCCCUGUUGUUGCCCCAUCCCCUGAGGGAUAACAAUUGUACUAGUUGAUGGUGUUUUGUUGCUCCACAUAUCUAAUUUUAUUUGUGAUUUUCCAAGAGUUAGUGAUAUACAAUAAAUAAUUACUGCUAUGGUUUUUGAAUUCAAUUAUAUUACAUGUAUGCCCUCUUUCUAUAAAAUAUU